CAAUAUAGCGUAGACGGAAGUUUUUUUGGGGGAGAUUGACAAAAUUUUCACGUUAGUGAUGGCAACGUUAGAGACAGUGCCUAAAGAUUUACGGCAUUUGCGAGCUUGUCUAUUGUGUUCGUUGGUUAAAACUAUAGAUCAGUUUGAGUAUGAUGGUUGCGAUAACUGUGAUUCCUACCUACAAAUGAAGGGGAAUCGAGAAAUGGUGUAUGACUGUACCAGUUCAUCUUUUGAUGGGAUUAUUGCAAUGAUGAGUCCUGAAGACAGUUGGGUCUCUAAAUGGCAGCGGAUAAGUAACUUCAAGCCAGGCAUAUAUGCAGUAUCAGUGACAGGCCGGUUACCCCAGGGUAUUGUAAGGGAAUUGAAGAGUCGAGGUGUGAUCUACAAAUCAAGAGAUACUGCUAUCAAAUCUUAAUGGCUCGACUUUGCUGUCAAAAUUAUUACUAAUGAUUGUUUCCAGCUAGGUUUCACCAUUUCUUAUUUGUAACUAGACUAUUUUAGUUCUUUAUUGCAGAUAUAUUGCAAUGCAUUUAUGUAUCACUGAAUUGUUUUUCUUUUCUCCAAGAAAGAGUACACUAGUUCAUAUUUUUUAACUUUAAUUUGACUGUUUAGUGCUGAUUGCAGUGAAAUUCUACUAUGUAAAUGGGAAGUAUCAAGUGUUUAGGUAUCUACAAUCCCAAAACUACUUUGGGGAGAAACGAAAGUUGAAGAAUGGAUUUGCUAGUAUUUAUUGAAGAAUUGAGAACUCACAAGAUGCUGUAUAAAUUCAAGGAUUGUAUAAAGAUUUGUACUUCAGGUGUCCGUUGCUGUAGUUGUGGGUAUGUUAGCUUAACUGGGAAAUUGAUUUGCCGACAUUUUGUUCCCUGUCUAGGUGACAUCUUCAGUGCUUUGGAGCCUCCUGUGAAGUGCUGCUCAACUGUCUCUUCUGGAAAUUAUUUGAUUCUGUUCCUGCUGUUUCUGUCUGCCAGUUCCAAUUGUUUGUUGUAUUGGUUGGUAUAUGCCCUAUGUACUGAAGUACAGCAGCACUUCACAGGAGGCUCCAAAGCACUGAAGAUGUCAACUGGACAGGGGAUAAAGUCUGCAAAUUGACUUCCCAACUCGACGAUCGUACCCACAACUAUGGUAUGUUGUUUAAAUUUCAAAGGCUUGCACUCUUCUUUUUGUAUGCUGUUUCAUGUGCAGCAAUACUUUUUGGAGAAUAUUUUAAUAAGGAGGAAAAUGAAAUAAUAAAACAACCCAAAAUAUUCAUCAAGUCUCAACAAUAGUUCAGUUGGUAGCUUUCUCACCUAUAAUGGCUUGAACAGAAAAAUCAAGGCUGACACUAGUGAAAUACUGCUGAAGUGAGAUACUACACAGGGAGUCUGCGUGCUUAAGUGAUUGUAAAAAUCCUACGGUACUAUUUUGAAGUAUGGCGAAGUUGUUCCCAUUGUCACGGUGAGUGUUUAUCCACAAAUUAACACCAAAAACAGUUUGUUGGGUCAUUAUCAUUUUGCUGUGUACGGGAAUUUCAUAGAUUACAACAAUGUCUACAUGUGAAGAGUACUUUUGUGGUUGUGAAAACUGCUAUAUAAAUGCAAGACUCUUUCUCUCUCUAAAUAGCACAUUUUAAUGUGGUGCAACCUUUCAGUUCCCUUCAGAGUACUGUUACUGAGCAAAAAUUAAUAGUUGCAUGAAAUAUUUUGAUCAGAAAGGUAAGUUUUUAUUUAAAAGCCUUUUUAAAAAGUGCUUUGAGGCUGAGAGUCUUCAAGAAAAUGUCAGAUUUAGAGCCUAGGAAACUAAAGGCCUGUGUCAAUGGCAGAGCAUUUAAAUUGCGGAUGAGCUGGAGACCAGAAAUAGCGGAGUACAUAUAUCUUGAAAGGUUUGUAGGACUGGAGGACACUACAGGAUAAGAAUAGAUGUGGAAACAAGGCUGAGACUUUUUAAGAUUAAAGUUUUGGUUAAACAAAUAGUUUGUCAGUGGGUAUCAGUUUGGGUGAAUGAAACGAAGGAUGUGGGUAGCAGAAUUUCGAGUCUCCUAAUGUUUUGUUUCUGAGCUCUUACUUUGUCAGCACAAAAGUUUGUAUCUUAUCAGUUCAUGUUCUCCUUUGAACAAUAUAUUAAUUUUACUUGUCUUUGCUGUUUAACCUUUUAAAAUCAGCAAAGGAUUGUGAUGUCAUAAAUAAAGUAUUUAUUUUAAUCUGGA